AUGAAUCCCAUUUUUGUGAUCACUUUGAGUGCUGUGUUUGUGGCUCUGGCUGUGGCAUCGCCCAUUGAGCUGACCGAGGAUCAAAAGGCUCUGACCAAGCAGUAUGGUGAGCAGUGCGCCAAGGAGGUCAACCUGACCGAAGAGGAGGUCUCCAAGGUGAAGGCCAAGGACUUCAAGAGCCCCAGCGAGAAUAUCAAGUGCUUUGCCAACUGCUUCUUCGAGAAGGUCGGCACACUCAAGGAUGGCGUUGUCCAGGAGGAGGUUGUUCUCAAGAAGCUCGGCGCACUUAUUGGCGAGGAAAAGACACGCGAGGCGCUGACCAAAUGCGGUGGCAUUAAGGGCGAGAAUAACUGUGAUACGGCAACCAAAUUGCACGAAUGCUUCGAGUCCUUCAAGCCCAUCGAGGUGCAGGCUUAA